AUGUCCCAUCAGGUGGCUUUGUUGUGGACUGGAGCUAUCAAACAAUAUGAAACCAUCGCGAAGCAAAAACUCGAUCCCGCCGUUCUGCAGGUGACUACAGUCAGCGAUUUACUGGAAGUAAUCGAUGAUGAAAAUAAACAAUUCAACGCCUUUCGUGACCGAGGACAUCGGCUUCGAGAUGUGGUCAAGCAUGCCAUGACCCCAAUUGAACUGGUAGGAACGGUGGUGGCCGGUAGUGUCUCUGCGGCUUAUCCACCUAGUACCUAUGUGUUUGGUGCGGUAACACUAUUGCUGGGAGCUGCAAAGGGGGUUUCAGACAAGUAUGAUGCUAUCAUCGAAAUGAUGUCAACCUUGAAAGAUCUUACCAUUCGAUUGAAAGUUUACUCGACGCAGACUAUUUCCGAGAACCUGAGCAACAAACUGACGGAGAUUUUGACUUCGCUUUUGGAGGUACUCGCUUUUGCCCGAAAGGAGGUCAAGCAUGGAAGGAUUCUUAGCUAUGGCAAAAGCCUGCUGUCUACCAGUGACGGUGGGAAAGAGGCAAUGGCCAGAUUUGCCAGGCUGGUCGAGGCGGAAGGUGCAUUGGUCGGGGCCGAGACACUAACAGAAGUGAAGGGAGGAUUUGCGCGCGUGAAUUCCGAUAUGAAGAAAAUCGCUCGACAAUUGGAAGAAACGAGGCUGCAGGCUGAGAUGCCCCGCAAAGAACGCAUGGUCGCGAACCUACGGCUCUUACUACAGCCUUCUAGGAGCUCUGAAGAUCGAUACAGUACAAUGAAUCGUAACCGCGUGCCGCAAACCGGGGACUGGGUACAAGAAGAAACGGAGUUCAUCGAUUGGAUCGCCGGAAAGAAACCAGUCCUGUGGAUGUCUGGAAACCCAGGGGCUGGAAAGUCAUAUAUCGCUACCAAUGUGAUUGAUCGCCUAAAGCAGAAGCAGCAUGUUUCUCUGGGAUUCUUCUUCUUCAAGGACGACAAUCCCACAACCCGGUCCACACACCAAGCUCUCCGCGAUGUCGCAUUUCAGAUCGCACUGAACGAUCCUGUCUAUGCUGAAUAUAUCGUUGAUUGCAUAGAUGGUGCCGAGGACAUACAGAGGCUGGAGAGUUUAUGGAGGAAUCUGUUUCUGAAUUUCUUCAUCGAUAAUGGAGGCAAUGAGGACGGCAAGGAAUCCGCAAAAGGCCCAGUUUACCUAGUUCUAGAUGCACUCGACGAAGCGUUCAUCGAUGAUCGACUCGAGCUAUUUGAAUUGGCGAAGGAUAUCCGGCCCGGUGGUCGAAUCCAGCUCUUGAUGCUCGGAAGACCACAAAUUGCUGAGGAAAUGAAUGAUUUGAUGGAAACCCUUCAAAUUCAGACGAUCGAUGUUUCUGAGGUGAAUAAUUUCGAAGACAUUGUGCAUUAUAUCAAGACUAUGAUUGCGAAGUCCAUCUACUUGCGGAAGCUCCCGCUCUCUACCCAGCGAACAAUUAUUCAGAGACUGUCUACUGGCUCCCAGGGGAUGUUUCUCUGGGUAAGACUCAUGUUACAGGAUUUGUCGCAAAUCAGAAGCAAGGGCGAGAUACAAAGGACACUCGACGAAGCUCCAAAAGGCUUAACAAAGAUGAUCUCCCAUGUCCUAGGGGGGUUUUCAGAGAGUUUCACGGACAAUCCCCAAUACGCCGGCGACUUGAAUGAGCUAUUGGCAUGGACAAUGUGCACCCCAAGUCCGCUCUCCCUGUUUGAGAUUGACAAUCUGUUAAAAUGGAGGUCGCCCGAAGGAGAGAGUUGGAUAUGGCUAGAGGGCUCUCUUCGAGUACAAUUUGCCUCUAUCUUCCUUUUGACUCGUGAAGAUGGCCUUUCCACCACAGACCUGAAACGAAGAACGAAUUACGCGGAAUACGGCGAUUUCGAAGAAACAUCCGAGUGCGACUUGGAGGAGAAUGAAGACCUUGACUUGAAUGAUGAUUUUGAUUCUGAUCACAAGACCACAACGGUCUCUUUCUGCCACGCAUCCCUCGGAGAGUUUUUCAGAGGCCAGAAGGCCAAAGUAUCGAUUGGACCCAAUGCUCCGUAUAUUGGAGUCAACUAUCAUGAAGCUCGGGUAUUGGUAUUGAGCAGAUGCUUCGAAAUCAUCCAGAACAAGGAGGAGUCCAGAGAGCAGAUUGCACUUGCGUUAAGAUCAUACGCCUGUAACUAUCUUCUUCAAUUCCUCACUGCCGUUGAUAUGAGCCAGAUUACUAAAGACGCCAAAAAGGUGAUUGGCUUUCAGUUGGCUGAGCUGUUGUCUGAUGAGUCAGGGUUCAAAGCAUUUGUUUCGCCCGAUAAACUCAAUCUGUUCACGCAGGGCGCUCUGAAUAUUUUGAAUAAAUGGCUUGGUGACCCCGAUGUUCAAGAGGCUCUUCCGGAUGAGGCCAAGAUUUGGUAUAGCAAUGCCAUAGCCGAAAGCCCAGCUGAAAUUCUGCGCCCAAUAGUGAACUAUAUAGCUUCUCACUGGGUCCAAAACACUUCAUGGGACUCAACUCGUUGCCUCGUGAUCAUUCACGAUUACAUCAUCCUUCGGGGCUCUGUCCCUUCUCUUGACACCGGUUCACUGGAUGAUAUCUUGCAGAUCGCAGACUGGGGUCAACCUGACCAUGACGCUCACUGGUAUGGUAGAGUCGGGCAAGCACUGGGUGGAUUUCUGUUCUGUUCUGAGGCUAUUGAAUAUUUGCAGAAGGCUUUACAAAUCAACCCGGAGUUGUGGGAGUUCCGUUCUCAUAUGGCUUUCUUGCAUCGUGAAUUUGGCGAAUUUGUCAAAGCUCUUGGAAUUCACCAAACCAACAUCAACCAGCUAAAUAAAAAGGAGCAGUCUUUCGAAAUUCGGAAAAUCCUUCACCAAGAGUACGAAAGUGUCGCAUAUUGUUACUUGCGUCUCGAAGAUAAGGAAAAUGCGUUUUCCGUGCUUCAACAAGCAUACGACUCGUACGACCAUUGUGCAGAAUGUGCUCGAUUAAUUCUGGAGCACCACCAUGGCGCUGGCAAUGUUGAUCAGAUAUUGGACCUUUUCCAAAUGAUGAACGAGAAAUCACCCAGUGAGGGUGUGAGCUACCUAACGCAGUUUAUGCUCGAAAAUCCAGGUAUGGAAACAAUGAUGCAUGAAUUUGGCGCUAAAAUCAUCCGGAGGGGAUGUUUCUCAUUCUUUAAAGAAGCUUUCAUAGCCGCCAUCAUCACCGCUCGUCGACAGAAAAAGCCCAUUCUAACUGCUACGUUGGACUUAAGUCUCUCCGCCUUGCUCAACUCACUUGGAGUUGACCCUGAAGGGGCAGCUCGCAUUUGGGAACGCAUCUUGGAGACCUACAAACCGAGUCAAGCAAAAGGCAAUCUGACUCACGUUAUAUUCGCCGCGUCAUCUUCACUAUGCUAUUACUACUUCAAACAAUUAUGCCGAGUCGAUUGCUCUCAAGUUGAGCGUCAAAGAUAUGGCGGACUACUCGAACGUCUAGUUAUGGGACGACCCCUCCACUUAGCCAGACAUGAAAGAACCCCCAAAGGCGUCACAGAGUACGCAUACCUACCAGCACCCGAAGCACGCGCCACACUCGGUACUUACUACAAAAUGUGCGGCCGUGACGAUGAUGCCCUGCAAUUUUUCAAAUCGCUUUUACAACGCCCAAUUCGUAUGCUUGGUUUGUCUGAUGACGAUGAAGACCGGAACUGCUACCUUCAAUUGGCUGGGAUCUUUGCCGCCAUGCGAGACGUCAACAACUGGGUCUCAACUUGGUACCAAAUAGCUUUCCUCAAUGAUAAGAUCGGCGAUACGGAUGCCCCCAGGCCAUUCUGUGACGGGUGUGGGAUUCUUUGCACCAUCGACGGAAUAGUCCACUGUUGGCGCCAUGACAUGCCGUUUGUCGUUCUUUUUUGUGAAGACUGCUUUCCACGGUUGAAAGACGGUUCGCUGUCUGUUGAUAUCUGCGACCCAGCCCACGAGUUCAUGACUAUUCCUAAGCGACCUCAAUCUGUCAAACAGCGCAGUAUAGAACAUCAAACGAUGAUAUAUGUCUGUGGAGAAUGGAUGACAUGCAAUGAUUGGAAGCUGAGUUUGAAGGAGAAAUAUGGGUUGGAGGAAGAAUAG